AUACUCAGAAUCCGACCUCUCAGUACCCCACCCCCAACCUUUGUUUCUGAGAAUUCACUUACUGAAACCGCCAUAUCCUGCUACCAUGCCAGUCGAACGAAGCCCCAAGAAGCGCAGAUCCUCACAAGUUAAUUCUUCACCGACUUGGCUGAGGCCGAUGAGUCGACCAGACUUCGACGUUGCCAGAAGGCAGUCAACAAGGGACGCCAUCGAAACUCAAUCUCCUGAAGACGAAGGCAGGAAGACUGCCGCGAUGCGGGCCUUAGGCCUUCCAAAGGCUAGUGAAGUGUCACUUAAUACCCAUCCCUUCGAUUGGCCAGCCCUCGAAGCCACUCUUGAGGAGCUGAGAUACAUCAAACUGUCGGAGUGUUCUCCUGAAAUUCAGGGAGAUAUAUAUUGUAUACCGUCUGGAAUAUCGAAAAAGACGACGUCAUGCGUUGUCGUGGACUACAUGAAUGCACCAGGUUGCGACUCCAUUACUCCAGGCCGAAGCGGUUAUCUUUAUACGAACUCCAAGGUCUUCGGGGGCUUAGCAGCAGCUGGCCAAGAAAUUGAACUAUGCUGUCGCUCUGGGGAGUCGGCCAAAUUCAGAUACACUGGUAUCUACCAGAUACAUGCCACAGAUGUCGAACUAUCCGAGAGUGGAUGGAAAGCACUUCGACCCCAGGCUCAUCGACAACUGUUGGCCAUGGAAGGCUUAGGACCAGGAAUCCCCACGUCUGUGCCUAGGCUUCGUUUGUUUAUUCUGGAAUUCGCACGCCACAAGAAGUUUAUGAUCGAUAUGCUCAACGACAAACAAGUUCAAGUGAAGUACCCGGUAGGCAUGACACCUUCAAGUCCUCGUAAGAGCCAACCAUCACCUUCAAAGAAGCGUCCUUAGAGUUCAGCGAGGUUUCUCUAUCUCUUACGGCU